AUGCCCCGAGUGCUUUCAGGGCUUCCACUAAUCAUGCCACAGCCGCCCGCAGCUGCCUUGGCGCUGCCCCUGCUGCUGCUGCUACUGCUGGUGGUGCGGACGCCGCCCCCGACUGGCGCGCGGCCAUCCCCAGGCCCCGAUUACCUGCGGCGCGGCUGGCUGCGGCUGCUGGCGGAGGGCGACGGCUGCGCUCCCUGCCGGCCAGAAGAGUGCGCCACGCCGCGGGGCUGCCUGGCCGGCCGGGUGCGCGACGCGUGCGGCUGCUGCUGGGAAUGUGCCAACCUCGAGGGCCAGCUCUGCGACCUGGACCCUAGCGCCCACUUCUACGGGCGCUGCGGCGAGCAGCUUGAGUGCCGGUUGGACACAGGUGGCGACCUGAGCGGCGGAGAGGUGCCCGAGCCGCUGUGUGCCUGCCGCUCGCAGCUCCCGCUCUGCGGUUCCGACGGCCGAACCUACGCUCAGAUCUGCCGCCUGCAGGAGGCGGCCCGCGCUCGGCCGGACGCCAACCUCACCGUGGCGCACCCAGGGCCCUGCGAAUCGGAGCCCCAGAUUGUGUUGCACCCAUAUGAUAUUUGGAAUGUGACGGGGCAGGAUGUGAUCUUUGGCUGUGAAGUGUUUGCCUACCCCAUGGCCUCCAUUGAGUGGAGAAAGGACGGCUUGGACAUUCAGCUGCCAGGGGAUGACCCCCACAUCUCUGUGCAGUUUAGGGGUGGACCCCAGAAGUUUGAGGUGACGGGCUGGUUGCAGAUCCAGGCUGUGCGUCCCAGUGAUGAGGGCACUUACCGCUGCCUGGCCCGCAAUGCCCUGGGCCAGGUUGAGGCCCCAGCUAGCCUGACAGUGCUCACACCAGACCAGCUGAACUCCACAGGCAUUCCCCAGCUGUCAUCCCUGCGCCUGGUUCCUGAGGAGGAGGCUGAGAGUGAAGAGGGAGAGGAUUACUACUAGGUCCAGAGCCAUGGCCCAUGGGGGUGGAUGAGUGGGGAUAGUUUUCAACCCUGCUCUUGAAAACAUCUGGAAAGGGGAGUAGGGCCCCUUCACAGAUUGCUUUAAUGCCCUUAGUAGGGGAGAUGUGAUGGUGGUGGGAGAGACAAAAGUUGGAGGAGGGUAAGGAAAGAGGCAGAGACUAGGGGAGGUGGGAUGCAGGGGGGCCCAUCCAGGAGAUGCUCUGGCCAGGACAGUCUCCUGUGUGGACCAAGCAGGCAGAAGGCUGGUCUCUAGUAGGCAGGGUGGGGUGGGGAGGAGUGGAGCCGACACAAAGGGGUGCAGACACCAGGAUCCUCCACUUCUUUCUGGCAGCCCUCCCUCCAACCCUGCUAAGCCAGUCUUUUGGCUGCCCUUCUGCACAGCUCCUGAGGUUAUUUUCCUAAUCCCUAAUCUUUGCCUAACCUCAGUUUACCCUUCCUCAAAACACCUUCUAGAAAACUUCUCUCUCUCCUAAGUCCCAAUUGCACUUACUAACUGCAAUCCUCUUUGCUGUUUGCCAUCUGCUGUCCAGAAGAGCACGGUGGAACAUGGUUUAGCUCUGUGCAGUAAGAUGGGCAUUGGGCAUGUCUAAUUUCUCCUGUAAUUCUGGGAACUCCAUGAGGGCAGCACCAUAUCUUAUACCAUUUUGUACUGGACAAUGCCUAGCAUAGGACUAGGCACAGUAGGCAUGCAAUAAAGAUUUAUGAACAAACUAAGACACAAAGAUGUUUCAUGCAGAUUUGCACAUGGAAACCACAUUUCUCUAGGAGGCCCCCCAGGGCAGUAGGACUCUGGCUUCCAGAAGCUGUAGGUCCUGCUCUCUAAGCACAUGCCUGCCAGAUGUAGAGGAAGCUUGAGCUGAGGCCUACCCCCCACAUCCCAGGGCAGGAAGGCUGGAGCCAUCUGGUUGCGAGGGAGGGUAUCCUCCCAGUCUGCACUGCACUAGGGCUCAUCUAGAGAUAGACUGCCUGCCCCUCUGUCCCCUCCCCAGGCAGAGUGGGGAACCAGAUCUAUGUGGGUAGGACCCAGUAUGAAAGCAAAAACUGGAUGAAGGAGAGGAGAAGUUUGGUCACAUGUAUGGGCCACACCCUGGGAUUUCCCUACGAAUCCACUCAUUUCCCAGCUGAAACCAGACAAAGUCAUAGUAAGCGUGUUUUCUCAUCUGCCCCAACUGUGACAUGUCCUUUUUGGCUGGAGGGCCCUCAGAGAACCGUACUCUCGCUCUCGAAAUCUCUCUCCACACUCUCCUUACCUAGCCCAGGGACACUGGUGAGGCGCAGUGUUUACUGACUGAUUGAAAGAAAAAACGAAAGCUUAAGUUCGCAAAGCCAAGGCCCCGUGUGUGGAUGUUGAGGCCCUCCUACGCGCCUGGGCUCCGCCCGAAGACUGGCGCCACAACGAGAGACAUCGCAGUUGGCUCGGUGUCUGAGCUUGUCCUUUGGGGCCCAACGCAGGGAACCCGGCCUCUAGGGAAGGGCGCGGCCCGGACCCCAAACCAAGGGCUUGGCCGCCCCUCGCGCGGAACCUCAGGACUCAUGCAGAGGCUAAGCCAGAGGACAGCUCUCAUGGCCGAGUCCUGGCUGGAGUCCGGCGUUUCCAGGAGCUGCGCUUGACAGCUCGAGCGGGUUGAAUACUUGGGGCGAAUUCUAAGUCGACCGCGAAAGUAGGAAUAGGGAUGUGAGCGGUGUGGCGGGGGUAGAGGAGUCUUGCCGUUCAGAGUCUGGACCAGAGGGAGAUCUGCUCCGCGCUGAAAGAAGCGACGCGGGUCUGGGUCCCGGAAGAGCCUGGGAAUCUAUCUGCCCCUGACGACUCCCGGCCAGCUGGGCUCGAAGGCGCCUCCUGGCGGGCCCAUCGAUCCUACCGCGCCCACUUGCCGAGCAGAAGUUCCUCUCGAUCCUAAUGGUCACACGCGCCCGCAGAGCCUGUACUCCACGAUCGCGACUUUACAGGAUGUUCAGGUGGAGCCUCCUUGUAGCCUCAGUUUCCGCCUCCGUGGCGCUACAGGUUCAGGCCCCACAGUCUUGAAUAGGAGGAAUCCCUGCUACGCGCCCCCCCCCCCCGCCCCGCCUCUGCUCCAGCGGACUGGCUUUAAUAACGUCUCUGGAAAGUGACACGCGAUUUAUUAUUAAAGUAACGCAGGGACGGGAAAGGUUUAAUAAACGCUCUGCAGUGCCGAGGAUUAUUCAUCGCAAAUAAAUGAGAGCGCGGGCGGCGUUUUAAUAAAUAAUUUCCCGCCGCUCCCGGGGGAGGAGAGGGGAGAUGGAGGGGGAAGCCGAGCUGCUGCCAGAACUCCCAGCUUCGCCUCCCCACGGGUUUCGAAGCUUUCCUCGCGUUUUUAGUCCUAGGUUGCUCACACCGACGUGUGAGGUUCCGGGAGAGCUGACUCGCAAUGGUCUAGAUCUGGAGGCAGGAGAGACUCUGUCCCAUCUUACCUCCCCCAUCUCCGGGAUUUUAAGUAGUUAGCCUAAGAUGAGCGAAUUCGCUUCCUUCCAGCUCUGAACCAGAGCUCUGGAGUCAAGACUGGACCAGGGCAAUAAGGAUUAACUGGCACCAGCCCCUCCCAGGCUUAGGGUAUCAAGUCCCAGGUCCUGGUCACUCUCCUCCCAGCUUUUGGUUGACCUGGGUUGGGAGUCCCAGGCAGAAUGUGGGGAGUAAGCUGCUGAAAGGGGCUGUGUGUACAAGUGUGUAGGUGCUACACGUGUUCAAAUGACCCUGACUUGGUCCUCUGGCCAUCAUAAGGAAUAGGGCCCCUGAAACCAGUUGCUGGUUGUUAAUUUGAAGGCUUCAAGGAAGGGUCCUUGAACUGCACUGGUCUGAACUGAGGGAGUCCAGGUGAACUCCAGCCCCUAGCUCUUUGAUGAACAGUGUGGGUGUGUAUGUGUGUGUGUAUUUGAGAGCUGAGCAGAACUGGAGCCCCAAGGGGGAGUCCACUUCUCGAACAGAAACCUGGAGGCCCAAGAGGAUAAACCUGAUUUCAGAGAGGGCCGAGAUUGCAGACUUGGGGACAAAGGACAAGCCCACCUUGCAGGUAGGUAGGGGAGGGGAAAGUGCCUGGGGUAUCCCUACUAGGCAAAUUUUCAGCCUUGGUGGAGAGAGACAUCUUUUGGCAUUGCCUCAGGUAACAAACACUUGGAGUACAGGAAGUGGUGAAGGAGUGCCAUCUGGUGGUUAUUUCUGGUAGUGGCAGCCAAACCUGGGCCAAGGGUCUUGAAGACAGUUAAAUUAACUGGAAAAAUUUGGGUAAAAAGGUGCUUGGAUUUGUAUUCAUAUAUAUAUGUGAAGGUGCACAUGUAUAUGCAGUAUAUGUGUGAUAUAUAUAAUAUGUUCAUAGUAGUUAUGUGUGUAUAUGUGUCUACAUGCACUGUAGACAUACGUGUAUACAUAUAUGUAUGUACAACACAAUAUGCUCUGUGUGUAGAUUAUCUAAAUGCAUAUAUAUGUGUGUAGAUAACCAUGUAUGUGCAUAUAUGUAUGUAUGUACAUAAGUGCUGUAUAUCUGGAUGUGUUGUCAUAUGUGUAUAUAGCUGUAUGUAUACAUUUAUUUGCAAGUACAUGUUCCAUUAUAUGCCAUUCUUUCAACAAAUAUUUCUCAUGUGCCAACACUGUUCUCGGGACUGGA